GUCCCUUUCUCCAAAAUCCCACUUUCUGCUUGGUUUCUAUCAUCUGAGUUUAGUUGAGUCGUCUGUGGUUCAAAAUUAUUAUUUUAUGUGCGAGUGUUAUAUGAGAUCAGUUCGUUUGGCCUACAUCAGAUCUACCAUCAAGGGAAAGCAUGGAGACUCCGGAAAGUGACCAGUUCAACCCUACUCAGGAAAUGCAGUGUCCAUCAGUGGUGGGCAGGCGAAGUGUGCUGGUGAAAAGUGUCGCGGAGGAGUUCUUCUGUCUCACUGAUGAGACGGACCUAGGGAGGGUGAGCGUGUCAACACCGGAAGCCAGCAUGAGGAGCAGCAGCACUGCUGGACACGGCAAAGGAAGUGAAUCUGUGCUGCUCAGGACUGUGACCUUUGAUUAUAAUGAUGGUGAUGACUAUGAUGACGCAGAGGGAAUCCCUGAACAUACACCAAAACCAGAAGUCACAGAAGAAUGGAAAUCAGUCAUGGGGGCAAAACUCCCAGAGUUACCAGUUCAUAAAAAGGAGGAGACCUCAAGAACGAAAUGUGAGUCACCAAAAGAAUAUAUCCAGCUCCAAAGUGAUAAAGGGAUGAGUGUACCAGAAACACAGACAAGGAUGAAAGAUCAGGCCAAGAUACCGUUACCACUAAAGCCUUUCAGUGAGGGAUAUGAGGCAGCAUUCCUCAGGGACAGAAUGCGAAGGCUCUGCAGAAGGUCAGGACCUCCCUUAUCGCUGUCCUCCCCUACAGAAAGCCUGGGGGACAUACUGUACAGGAAAACCAAGCAUGUGUUUGACUACACAGUCACAGACAUGAAAGACAAAAAGCCUGAUGUUUCAAGGUGCGGUUCCAAUCUAAGCCAAUGUGUUAGACCAGCCCUUCCAUUACAUAAGGGCUUCACUAUAUCCACAUCUAGGUACAGCCAGAGAAGGGAACAAUCACUUUAUCAGAUGACAGAGAUCAGGAAAGAUCAUGUCGGUAGGCCUUUACUGAUGCUGAAAGGCAAUGCAGGUCUAACCAGCAGUGAUAGCAGCAACAACACGGAUUCAUCUGCUUAUUCAUCCAGACUCACAAAGGGAAAACCAUCAACAUCUUCUCAGCCAGGACCUGACAUCAAGAUCCCACCAGUAGUAACCAGGAAUCAUUCUGACAUCAUCAGAGAGGAGAGAAAGAGGCACUACUACAAAGACCUGUAUCAGCAGGUGGAGGAGAAGAGACAACAGAAAGAGAGGGAGAGGAGGAGGAUUACCACCGCCGAACAAACUCACAAUGAGACAAUGCAGCUCUGCACCUGGGGGAUGCCAGGGAGCGGAGCCCCAAACUACCACCUGGACUCUGUGAGAAGGAACAAGUUCAGUUCUACAGGAAUGAUACCCCAGGAUCAGCUUCGCUGUAAAGGCUUCAGCGGGAUCCCUUUUCAUCUGCAUGUCAAAUGACGGCCAUUUUAUGGUCCCCAACCCAGACGAUUGAUGCUCAGCUCAGACAACUGAUAAACCAAUUAAACUAACACAGUAGUAGGCCAAACACUGCGCUCUGCUGACUUUUGUCCCAUAGGUAGUAGAUAAGUCAUAUAUUAGCUGGAUUUCAGCACUCCUUGGCACUUGUAUCCAUUGAUUAACUUACUGUUUCAAACACGAACAAUUCUGGAUCUAAGGUUUUACACAUCGUGAUGGUGUUCAAAUCAGUUGUAAUGGUAGUGAUGUACAUAAACAGACAUCUACACACACACACACACACACACACAUAAAAGGCUACAGUGGUAAUUGACAGAUCGAUAGCAUGGUGAGAUAAUGAAUAGAAACAGUGGCUCACUAAAGGUAAGAAAGACUGUACACAAAAACCUCCUAACUGGUCGGGAUGCGAUAAGAAAAAAUACAUGUGUUUUUUAAAUAUAUAUUUUUUACCAUUUUAUAUGAGUAAUGUUUGAUAUAUUUUGAAGCCAGAGUAGUAGUGAAAUAAAACUCUCCUGAACAGCUAAAGAGAGUGGGUGUAAAUAAUUUAGAAAGUCUUAAUGUCAAUGCUUUGUAGGUGAUGUGAUGUGGAAGUCUAUCCUCUGAUAUCAUCCUGAUAUUUGCCUAAUUCUAUUUGGGUUGAAUUAUUCACAAAGUAACAAUGGGUAGUGUAACUAUAGUAUUUACAAAAAGCUUUUCAACAGUAGGACCUAUGCACAAAGAAGCACUGAUACAGUAAGCUUCUCUCCAGGUGGCCACUAAAAUAUACAAUGUACUACAAUAUAAUAUA